AUGUCUGGGAAUGCGUAUCUUCUCGUGACGUCGAUUCAAGCUCCCGGAGUCUGGCCUCUGCCAGGAGACGUGCUUUCUGCUCAGUCUCCAGUGCCUGCAACGCCAGCAUCAGGUGGUUGUGAAGAUGGCCAACGGAUUCAUCCUCCUCUUUACUAUCAGCUGACAGGCCCAGAUGACUCGGAGUUGCCUCCGUCCGGCAGUCGACUCGAACGGCAUCCGCUGGGCUGGCUCGAAUCGGCGGCGGAUGGCUCAGAACUGUCCAAGCAUUAA